AUGUCACUGAAGGGGUGGAGGUCGUUCGUCAUCGGAAGGGCGCUUAAGAAGCGCCAGGCCCGAGUUGUUGCAGAAGGUCGAAUCUCCUCUGACAAUAGCCGAGUCUACGACAGGGUCAACAUCACUUCAACAAAGGCUCUCAUUGAUAUUGACCGAGUUCUUGUUCCUGGUGCUCUCAUUUCUUCUCAUGGGAAGCAGGCCUUAACAUCCUUUGGACCUGUUCCAUUCACACUUGUCUGUCUCAGAAGUCACCUGCGAAGUUUCAAUCCUGCCUCUUCACCUCAGGCAAAAGCUUCUGCCCCGAAUCCAAGUCAAGAUGGUGGAAACCUGACUAGACCCUCAUGUCCUGCUGGUGUUGAGGAGCCUGAACCAGAUGAUAGUGGUGCUAUCUCCGUUGGAGAUUUACUGACAAGUGAUCUCUCAGCCUCUGAGUCCCCUUUGUCCGAAGUCCCUCAAUCAGUUGAUGCUAAAUGUGCUUCAAUUGGAGAGAAAAUCCUUGGCCCUGAGCCAGAACUCCAACCUGAUGAGCCAGAAUUUGACUCAACACUUCGCAGUCGUGUUUUGAAGGAUCCCUUUCAUGUUUUCAACAUGUUCUACCUUUCGGCAUCACAUUCCCUUAGGCUUCAAUUCACGAGAGAGCUUUGUGAUGCAAUUUUUGUUCCCGAUGAGGACGAUAAAGCACGAAUCAAUAGCUGGGGUGCAACCCAGAAUCCUCCUCAAACAUACGAACGACUCCGCAAUUCCUCCCCCCAAUGGCAUUUCCGCGAUUCGAUGAUCUUGGCCCGCUUGGCCCACNAUCUUUAUACACCAUCAGCAGCUCUAUUACGUGACCUCUAUGAUGAUUUCAUUGAUGAACACCGUCCUGAAAUCAAUCAACACACGGCGAUGCUCAGUGCUAAUAUCUGCGCCAUUGAUCACAGUCAUAAGAUUGCGAAACAAACGAUGAGGGUUGGGGGUGAACAACCCUUUACUGCGAUACUAAGUCUCACAAACGAAAAGAAUGAAAUUCGCGCCUGUAAUUUUGUUGCGACCAAGUCCCACUCUCAAUAUGAGUUGGCUCUACGAAAUGUGCAUGACUCGCUUGAUCUCUACGGCCAUCCGCAGCCAUCUCUCAUUUACGCCGACAAUAUUUCUGAUAAGAAGUUUCUUGAAGACUGUUUCCCUUCCCUUCGUGAAGGUGUGACGCCUGUUGAAAAAUAUGGGCAUUUGGAGGAGCUCGUUGUACCUUCUGGUGUCCCAAUCCUCAUCAAAAAUACUUCGGAGGCGAUUAACGAUGCAAUGCGCACCAUUCUUGAUGAUAUUCCUGAAGACGAAGGGUAUUAUAUCAUGUCUCCUCUAUUCUAA